AUGUUCUUAUUGUGGUCGCUUGUUCUGCUGUUGGUCCUAGUGGUGUGGUUGGUGAAUGUUUGGCUCCAAACGAGCUUCCGAUUCGCGACGCAUUUGCCAAGACUCGAACCUUUCUAUCCAAUCAUUGGCAAUGGGCUUCUGUUUAUCGGCAAAUCUGGGAAUGAGAUGUUUGAUGCGUUCAUCAAACCGUUUGCAGAGUUCGAACAGUGGUUCCAGAUGUGGCUCGGACCUAAGCUAAUAGUGGGUACCUCACAUCCCGAUAUUAUGCAGGCCGUGUUGACGCAUCCAGAUUGUCUCGAGAAACCGUUUCUCUAUGAUUUCGCCCAAGUCGAGCAUGGAUUAUUCGGUGGUCAUUAUCAUACGUGGAAGACGCAGCGCAAAGCUCUAAACCCGUCCUUUAACGUUCGCAUCCUGAACAGUUUCAUACCGGUGUUUAUCAAAUGUUCAAACUUACUGGUCAAUAAUCUAGAGAAGGCCGUUGACCAAGGCGGUAAGACGGUGUCUGUUUUACCCUACAUUAGCAAAUGCACGCUGGAAAUGGUCUGUGGUACCACGAUCGGGUGUGAUGUGCUGGAACGAUCCGGAAAGGAUACUCUGCUCCACAAUCUCGAUCGCACUUUCGAGUUGGUGGCAAAACGGAUGGUGAGCUUUCAUCAGUACGCCGAUGUGCUGUACAGGUUUAUGAAGGAUUGUGCAGAAGAAGCACAAUGCCGUUUGCGGUGUUACGGAUAUUUCGAUAAGAUUCUUGACCUCGCCAAAAAUCAAAUUAAAAACGUCGAAGAUAUCGAGGAGCACGAAGAUUUUAAGAAACCGCAAAUUUUCAUCAACCAACUGUUAUCGGUCAAACACAAUGGGAAUCCAUUCACUGAUGAAGAAAUUACGCACAACAUCUACACCAUCAUUGCGGCAGGAAAUGAUACAACAGCACUUCAAGUGUCACAUACCUGUCUGUUUCUGGCCAUGCAUCCAGAAAUACAAGAGAGGGUUUACCAAGAGGUAAUGGAGGUCUUCCCAAUCACCGACCAGGAGAUUGAGAUGGAUGACCUAAAGAAGUUCUCGUACAUGGAACGCGUUCUGAAGGAAAGUCUUCGAUUGGCUCCAUCUGGGCCAAACAUCGCGCGUCAAGCGAUGCGCGAUAUUGAGAUCGGAGGAUUGGCCAUUCCGAGCGGAAAUCUGAUGUUGCUUAGCAUUUAUGCGAUGCAUCGGCGAAAAGACAUCUGGGGCCCUGAUGCAGAUCGUUUUGAUCCGGAUCGCUUUCUACCGGAGCGGAGCGUUGGCAGAAACCCGAAUGCCUUUAUGCCGUUCAGUGCCGGAUCGCGAAAUUGUAUCGGAGCUCGAUACGCCAUGAUCGGAAUGAAGAUCAUGCUUUCGUACAUAGUAAGGCGGUUUCGGAUGAGUUCGAAGCAAACUAUGGGCGACUUGAAGUUCCGUUUGGAUAUGACGCUCAAGCUCCAUUCCGGAUACGAUGUGUUCCUCGAAAGGAGAUUGUAG